GGUCACCGAUAUGGUAGUCCAAAAUGUCAUCCAACAAGAUCAAAGUGUCGAGGACGAUAGGUCACCAAUGUCGGAGGUACAGAGUCCAAAUGUAACCGGUGUCCGAACUGUGAUGCAGCCGAGUAUCAGCCCCAACAAUCUCCAAGUCUCCAAUCAGACUUAUUGUGGGACCACACUCGUUGAUCCUGAAAGUCAAGUCGCUUUCUCUACGUCGUGUCUCGGAGGAGUGGUUAAGGAAUGGGUGCUGGCCGAAGCCAAUGCCGUUGGCUUUGAAGACAUUGAAAAGUUACCCCUCGACGAGUCCCAGGGAGGAGGAGGUAAUGGCGGCAGUGAAUCUGGGAAGGGUGAUGUCACUGCCGUUGUGGCCAACAAGGGAGGCCAAAGUCAAUGGAAGAAGAAAAGGAGGCCACACUCGUUUCCCGAGCACCCUGGCAUUGCGUUCGGGAAGCCUUGGGAGAAGAUCAACAUGACGCGUGAGGAAUGGCAGUUCAAGAUGGACAAUCGCCAGUGCCUCAAGAUGACGAAGAACGGCACCGAGUCUGUCAAGAGGCACUACACGGACUUGGGCUUCAUUGGAGAACCGAAGAAGGGGAACAAGAAGCGGCGAUGCAAUUAUUGCGACCUGAUGGUGUGUGGCACGGCAACCAGAGCCAUACGCCAUUUUCUUGUGGCAUCACGGUGCAAAAUCGAGCGGUUGAAAGGGGUUGUGUCGAAGGAGGACUACCAGCGGAGGGAGAGGGGGAAGAAGGCCGCAUUGGAAGAGGUUGGGGCCCUUGGGGGUGCAGCCRCAGMGGAAAUGGAGAGCUCYGAGGAGGACGAGAACACGCCUGGUGAGGUGAUGRGAAACAAGMCCACGGAAGUUGCUGCGUCCGGUUCAGGGGUGCGCGCGCGGCAGUCAACCAUCCUCGACUGUGGGGCGGUUUUGACUAAGCAUGAGGAGACUCAGCGGAAGAUCGACGAUUGGAUGACGGCGCACUGCAUCCCAUUCCACAUGAUGAGGAGUGASGAAUGGGAGGCGAUGGUGGAAGCGCUGAAGAAUGYAYCCCCGUCCUUCCAAUAUGCCAGGUUCGAGAAGGCACGAACCACACGGGUCGAAAGCAAGAGGGCACGGGUUGCGGCGAGGAUAGAGGAACUGAGGAGGGAGUGGCCCAUCACYGGUUGSAUGUUGCAACUGGACRGGUGGACCGACCGGCGGUCCAGGCCACACAUCAACGUGAUGGUCUCCUUCCCCAGGGGCGCCGUGUUUUGGAAGAGUGUCUGCAUGAGCAACCGCGACAAGGGUGCUGCUGCCUACCACUCCAUCUUGAAGAGUGUGAUAGAGGAGAUAGGGGAGGAUGCUGUGGUUGGUGUCCUAAUGGACAACGCUGCAGUUUGUGCGGCCGCGGGUCGCAUGGUGGAGAGGGAUUACCCACACAUCUACUCCGUGCCUUGCUCAGCGCAUUGCCUUGACCUCAUGUUUGAGGCGUUCUCGAAGAUUCUGUGGGUAGAAGAGGCCCUGCAGCGGGCGUUGGACCUUGCGAAAUUUCUCGUGAACCAUGGACGGGUGCUUGACUUGCUGCACGAGAAAUCCAAUGGCAAAGUUGUGGCAAGACCAGGCGCAACCCGUUUUGCCACAAACUUCAUCACGGUUGACAGCCUGCAGCAGCUGUACCUGCCUCUCCGGGCGUGCGUGACGGACCCUGCGUGGAAAAACGGGAUCGUGCUACCGGGUCAACGCCAGUUGUUGAGGGAGGCGACGGAUUCUAUCCUCGACGACAGUUUCUGGGCUGGCAUAGAGAAAGUGCAGGAGACGUCGAAAGAGUUACUGACCCUGUUGAAGUUGGUGGACAGCCCUGGUCCAACAAUCAGCAAGGUGUACGGGCGACUCGACCGUGCGGUAGAGAAGUUAAGGGCGAGUGAAUUCUUCAGCGAUGCCGAGAAAGACGAGCUGGAGGAUAUUGUCAUGCGCCGUUGGAACACAAUGAAUUCGCCGCUGCAUUGUGCGGCGAUGUUUUUGGAUCUGGAAUACAAGACGACACAGCCGGAGAAGGAUGCGAAGGUCUUAGAUGGAUUUUGGGUAUGGGUGUAUUCAUGGUGCAAGCCAUCAGCGUACGUGGAGGUGGACGCGGAAGUGAACUGUUGGAUUGAGGGCACAGGCAGGUUCAACUGCGAAGAGGCCAGGGCAGCAGCACGAAGUGCACAACCCACAAGAUGGUGGAAGAAAUGGUGCAGUGACAUGCCRCACCUCCAGAAGCACGCAGUUCGCCUGCUUGGUCAAAGCUCCUCCUCCUCUGCCUGCGAAAGAAACUGGAGCCUCUUUGAGCGGAUCCACUCCAAGGCCAGAAAUGSGUUGUCGGUGAAGAAGUUGAGCACACUAGUUYACAACAGAUGGAACCACCAUUUGUUGGCCCGCUUAGAAAAAAAGYCGGAAACCGGUGYCGGUGACAUUCCAUGGGAGGAGGAUCGCGUACUCACGGAGGAGGAGCUUGCAGCAGAUGCAAAAGAGCGGGUGGACGAGUGGCGAAACCGGCUGCAUCUCAAUGAUUCAUGGAGGAAGACGACGCGGCCUUCCAAGUACCUCGCUAGGCAGCAUCUCCGAGAGAUGCAGCGGACAGCGAAGACCAUGACGGCUGAGCACGCUGAGCAAUAUAGAGCUGCUCGCACGAAGGCACUCGAACCCGCCACCAAACCGGCUGAGCGAGGGAGGGGGAGAACGCGGAAAGCCCCGGUGCAGCAAGUUGAUGAUGCAGCAGCUCAGAGGGCAGCAAAUGGAGAAGUGGAGGAGGGUGGUGGCAGCGGCUCCAAUGCAGAAGCUACUGCACCAAAACGGGCGAAACGURGGCAAGGUAGAYGACGCAAGUCCCUUAAACACACGGAGGAGGAGGAGGCAGCAGUGCGAAUGGCAARCAGCRGCAGGGGUGGUGGCAGUGCCRCACGUGAUGCGAGUGAAGAGGAUGGGAGUGAUAGCCCUGCGGACAGGGAGGACGCAAGUGCAGGCGAGACCAGUGGUGAUAGCCCUGCGGACAGGGAGGACGCAAGCGCAGGCGAGGGCAGUGGUAGUAGCUCAGCGGAAGAGGAUGAGUGCAGUUCUGAAGAUUAGCCGCUGGCUGCAAAGGCUGCAAAGAAACAGAAUCCCGUCUCAGAUCCGGUCCUGCGUAGAUGUCAGAUCUGAAAAACUUUAUUUC